AUGGCCACCGGCCAGUACACAAGUCGACGCUUCCCUUUGCAUUUUCACCUGAAAGGGGAAAAACUUGGAAGAACGAACGAGCACCAGCUAGCAGCGCUAAUGGCGAAGCCACUGGGACCCACAGGAGAGUUUUUCAGGCGGCGCGACGCGUGGCGGAAGCACCCCAUGCUGAGCAAUCAGUGGCGCCACGCAACCCCCGGCCUUGGCAUCGCCGUCGUCGCCUUCGGCAUCUACCUCGUCGGCGAGGCCGCCUACAACAAGAUCUACGCGGCCCCUAAGUCUCAUUCUCAAUCCACCUCCUCUGCUUCGCACUGA